GCGCGGGACCGGCGCUCGGCGCGGUGCGGGCCGCCCCGGCGAGGAGUGAGGGAGUCGCGAUCUUCGUGGCCGCGAUACCGCGUGGGUCGGAAUGAGAGGAGAGCACAGCUCGUGCGCUGCGCUCCUUCCCCGACAAUCGGGACGACAGCCGCCUGCCUGGACCAUCCCCUACAUGCUCGGGAAGGGGUGGGAUGCGGACAGCACGCCCCACGGCCCAGGGAGUCUCCACCCCUUCGAGCAGCGAUAAAAGUAGGACAGCGAGAUCAGAGCAGAGACACAGGAAACACAAACCCGGACUUGUCUGGAAAGAAAAUCGUCAAGAGAAUACAGGAGAGAAAAAGCAAAAAGUUUCCUUCAGGUGUGAAAGAGUGUGCUUUAGCUUAUCAAGUUUCUGAGUUCAUCAAGUAAAAGCAUAUCUGGAUCCAGCCCGCCAGUUACCCCAGGAAGACCAGGACACUUAGACCAGACAGCUGAGAAGCGACACGUUGAAAACAUAAUUUGAGACUUAGAGCUGAUGUGGAAAACACUCAGAAUGGAAGGCAAGCUCCCCUGUCUCCUUGUGCUGGUGGAAGCAAUCAUGACUGCCCAGUGCCAGGGCUUACACAUUCGUUUCAAACGAGGAGCCAGAUCUAGAGCCAUUUGCACAGAUAAUUCAUCUGCAGAAAUUUACCAACACAGGGGGACCUGGCUGAGGCUUUCAGGGAGCAGAAUAGAAUACUGUAGGUGCGACAGUGGUCGGAGUCACUGCCACACUGUGCCUGUCAGAGCCUGUACUAGAAAUAAAUGCUACAAUGGGGGCCAGUGUUCACAGGCAUAUUAUUCCCCACAGCUCUUCAUCUGCCAGUGCCACCAAGGUUUCUCAGGGAAGCAGUGUGAAAUAGAUACUGAAGUUAAAUGCUACAAAGACACUGGAGUAACAUAUAGGGGUACCUGGAGCGUGACAGAGAGUGGAACUGAAUGUUUAAAUUGGAAUAGCAAUGGCCUGGUGGACUGGAUGUACAGUGGCCAAAGACAGGAUGCUGCUGAGCUGGGAUUGGGCAAUCACAACUAUUGCAGAAACCCAGAUAAGGAUUCCAGACCUUGGUGCUAUAUCUACAAAGGGGGAAGGUACACCUGGGAACACUGCAGUGUGCCCUCCUGUUCAAAAGUUAGGAACAUCAACUGCAGAUCUGGAAGAGGCAGAGAUUACCGUGGCAGCCACAGUGUUACCAGUUCUGGAGCUACCUGUUUGAAGUGGAAUUCUCGAAUCCUUGUUAACAAGCUAUAUACUGCUUGGAGAAGAGAUGCCUACCAGUUGGGCCUUGGUAGUCACAAUUUCUGCAGGAAUCCUGAUAAUGACAGCAAGCCCUGGUGCCAUGUCCUGAAAGGAAAUCAGCUCACAUGGGAGUACUGCAAUGUACCUACUUGCUCCACCUGUGGCUUACGGCAGCGCAGAGUACGCCAGUACAGGAUUAAAGGUGGUUCCUACGCCGACAUUGCAGCUCACCCAUGGCAAGCUGCCAUCUUUGUGAAAUAUCACCGAGUGCCUGGAGAGCACUUCCUCUGUGGAGGAAUUCUGAUCAGUUCCUGCUGGGUUUUGUCAGCUGCUCACUGUUUUGAGGAAGGCUUUAGUACAAAUCAGCUGAAGAUUGUGCUCGGUAGGACUUCCCGAGCAACUCCCGAGGAAAACGAACAGAAGUUUCAAGUGAAGAACUACACUGUGCAUCAGAGAUUUGACUCAGAAAAUUUCAACAAUGAUAUAGCUCUGUUGCAGUUGAAGUCAGAUGCAGAAGACUGUGCUGUUGAAACAGACACUGUACGUGCUGCCUGCCUCCCCAUGCCAGAGAUGCAGCUGCCUGACUGGACUGAAUGUGAGAUCUCUGGUUAUGGCAGAAAUGAAGAAUUUUCUCCGUUCUAUUCAGAGCAUCUGAAGGAAGGCCAUGUCAGAUUGUUCCCAGCCAGUCGGUGCACAGCACAGUAUCUAGACAACCGGACAGUUACAGACAAUAUGUUAUGUGCAGGAGACACAAGGCACCUUGAUGAUGCCUGCAAGGGUGACUCUGGAGGGCCUCUGGUCUGUAUGAAGGAUGAUCGUAUGUAUCUGAUUGGAAUCAUCAGCUGGGGAAUAGGUUGUGGCCGCAAAGACAUACCUGGUGUUUAUACAAAUGUGAAUCGUUAUCUCGACUGGAUUCGCGACACCAUGAAACUCUGAGAAAGAAAGAUGAACCUUUUGCAGUCUUGCAACCGUGCCCUCACAGCUUCCUUAGGGUGCUUUAAGUAUGCUGACAGGGCUUCCUGUUUGUCCAGAUGCUUUUGAUUUCUAGUACAACAGGAAGACAAACUGCACAAAUGUGUGUGAAACACACACACAAAUGUGUGUGAAGGGCAUGUUCUCAAAAUACUCUCCUUUCCUUAUUACAGGUUAUUAGAAGCUAAUCUCCUUUCCCCCAGCAUCACCAAACUUUCACCUUGCAUUAAAUCACAUAAGUACAAUAAAAAAAUUAAUUCUGGCCCUGAGUGAAUAAACCAGGAGAGAACAUCAUGAAUUUCUUUAGCAGCUAUAUUGUUUUAGGAAGGGGUGUGAACUGAAGGGGUUAUUUAAUUUCCUGAAAACUUCAUCUCCCUCCUUACUUGGCUGUACAACUGAAGACAUUAAGCUCUGUCCUUGUAUCAUUUGAAUUUGCUAAUUUAAGCUGGUUUCAAGAGAAGAAAUUGUUUCCAAUAGAAAGAACAAAAGCUGCAGGCAUGGGCUGCUUGUUUCCAGAUCAAUAUACUACUCGCUUCUUCAGUUUGGAACCAAUUAAUUAACUGAGUUUGAGCUCAAACUCUGUGAGCAAAUUCAGGAUGGGGCAUGCUUAUUAGGACAUUUUAUUCUUUCACUUGGUUUUGCUCCUGGUAAUGGAAUGGUUAAAAAUUGUAACACUAGCCGGAUCUGCCACAGAGUCAAUGCAUAUUUUUGACUAUUAAAUUUCUAUGCAUUAUCGUCUGAUAUGAAGCAAAAGCUCUCUCUUCUGUGCAGCAGGGCAAAAUAAAGGACAAGUGUAUUGGUAGCUGUUUUAAGUGCCUGCUAGAUUAUAUCCACAACUAAAGGCCAAAUCAGAUAUCACUAGGCUGCCUUUGUCUUUUACUGGAAGACAGGACAGGUACAACCAAGCCACCAUGAACCAGAAUCCCAAGAAUCACCAUUACUUUCUUGCACUACAGCUGCCACAUGAUGCUAAGUGCCAUCUAUGCACAUCCUAAGAGUGAAGCCGCUCUGAGAGCUUCUCUUUUGUCCCACUGUUUUGUAAAGAGAAAACAGGUGUAACUACUAUUUUAUAAAUUAGCCUGUUGUAUUUGGGAAAUUCAAAACAUUGUAACUCAAAAUGUUUACUCUCACAGUUUUUAAGGAGCUCUCUAUUAACCGACUAGCACAACAACUACUCAGAUAAAGAAUCUAAGCAGGUAUAGAAAGAGAGAUUUGGUAAGAUGGCCAUUACUCUCUUGUAAAUGGCAACUUUACAAAUGGUCUGUGAGUUUCUAGCUGAUGGCUUAGAAAUUGACCUCAGAGAUCUUCUCUAAUGGCCUCAAAGGAGCAAUGGUCAAAGUCUGGUUAGCUUCAGCAACAAGUCUCAUAUUCCAGCCAGUCGAAGGAGAAAGUAUGUUUUUUAAUGAAGAGUCACGGUUCAGGUUUUUGGUGUGAUUUUCUUGUUGCUGUUGCUAGUUUUAUUUUAUUAUUAACAUUGGGAAAAAUACAAAUUAAUUUCCCUUCAUUUCCCUUAAGCCCACUUCCAAGCACUCUUGUGCCUCACUGUCUUGGCAUUCCCAAGCCUGCCAAUACCUGCAGCCUGUAAAACAGUCUAAAGUAUUUAACUGAGGAACACAAGUCAGAGUCCCCAGAAAGGCAACUUCUGUUUUGCAGUUCAAACAAUCUAUUAAAUAUUUGAGCUCGAUGCAAUCUAACAGCCACUAACAAAAUGUAACUGAACCACACCUAACACAGAUCUCUUUUUAAAAAACAGAACCUACAAAAAUGUAAGCUGCAGAGAACAGUUUUACCUCACAGCUAUUACCAAUUCCUGGAAAAUACCAUGACAUGAAAUAUCCAAGUUGACAAAGAAUGCUAGAUAAGCCCUAGCUGCCAUCUCUGCACUUGUUCAUUCCUUUCAUCCUGGUCUGUCUUCUGAGACAUCUCUGUAGCUGACUAAAACGACAGCCCAGAAUCAACCCCAAAGUUUUACAAAUGGUUCUUUAUCCUUAAUUUUGUAAUAGAUCCUUAAUCUGGGAGAUUUACCAAAUCCUUCUCCAAUAGCUAGCAUCUAGUAUUCUCCAGCCUUACUUUAACUUGCAUUUCAUUUCUCAGAAGUUGCUGCCAGCUAGCUCAGUGCCUUUAACUGCCCUUCUCUGGCUUCUUAACCCAUCACAUCCUUCCCUGAUUUAAAAAAAAAAAAAAAAAAAAAA